UACGAAGAGCUGUCUGAAGAUAAUAAUAACACCACUAAUGAUGAUAAAGAUAUCACCGAAGAUAAUGGCGACGAUAAUGAAGAUAUUAAUGAUCAUAACAACACCGCCGAUGAUAUACACAAUACCAGUGAAGACAAUGAGGUUAUGAGCGGUGAUAACGAGAUCACUGACGAUAAUAACAAUAACACCGCCGAAGACGUAGACAACGACGAAGAUAUUGCCGAUAAUUGCAGUGAUAAGGAAGUGACGGAUCAGUCAACGCCGGCAUCGACAGCACCGGCCACUGAAACGGCAACACUGGCCGCAGAAGUGGACACAAUUAGCGUACAAAACGGCGAGUUAUCGCAUGAGAUAAAGUUCGUGCAAAACCUGAUUAAUCUGUUGGAGAACUACCGAAACCUAUUGAACUGUUGUCUCACGAACUGUUCCAACUGUUCCCAAGACCAGGAACUGAGUGUCAAAUUUCAAGACCUGGAGCUCGACUACAUCCGUGACCUCAACUUCGCCAAAGAGCUCAUCUUCGACAACAUCCAGUCGUUUGAGUCGAAAAUGAGGCGAUUGUUCACAAAGAGGACCAAAUCAUCACCGGUUAAGAAGUCGGAGACCACCGAAAGUAAGUACGAAUACAUUGACGCCUAUUUGGGCACCGAUUCGGACGAUAAUGACAGCGAUGGGGCCGGCGGUCGACAGUCGCCCGACUCUGACUACGAGCCCACUGUCGAGGACUUGGUUGAAGAUCCGGCCGACGCGAAGGUGGGCCCCGCCAUUGCCCCCAGACGUGUGGGUCGACCUAAACGCGCGGCCAAACGUAGGGGUCGGCCGAAGGGCACGCAGUCGACGACCGGCGCUAAGAGGGGCCGAAAACCUAAGUCCGCAACCAAUCGUAGUUUUAGUGAUUACCAGUCGAUUGGCUAUAGUUUUAGUGAUAAUCUGAUCGAAGAGAUCGACGAAAUUAUCGACAAUUUCGACGACACGGAUGCGUCCGAAGAUGGCAUCGACGACAGCGAUGUCGCCUACAAUCCCAAGAAGUCUGUGCCGACCGCUAGCGUUAAGCCGACAGUCAAAGUGGGGGCCAAACGAGGGCCGAAAAAGUUGAAAAAAGGCCCCAAACCCAAGCGCAACAAAUACGACAAACUCUACAAAUGCGACUCAUGUGAGUACACGCACCGGAAGCUACCGAACCUGGAGUCUCACAAAAACAAGGUUCACCUCAACAUCCGGCCCUUCAAGUGCGACAAAUGCGACAAAUGUUUUACGGGUAAACCAUUCCUCGACAAACACCGGCGCUUCCACUCGGAGAACUACCACUACUGCGAUUGGCAGGACUGCCACUUCCGCACCAAAUACAUGAACAAUCUUAAGGAGCACCGCAUGCGCCACGAAAAGGACCGGCAGUUCCGGUGCGCGUGGCCGGGAUGUGGCGCUCUCUUCUACAACAACCGCGAUCUCACGCAACACAUGAAGUCACACGAGGAACAGAGGGACUACCGGUGCGAUUGGCCCGGCUGUGAGGCCACGUUUAAGCGGCACACGUACCUGAGCCGGCACAAGCAGCUGCACCUGAACCCGGACACGGCGUUCCCCUGUGUGUGGCCGGGAUGUGGCAAAAGUUUCAAUACCCGUAAGAAACUGGAGAACCAUUCGGCGACUCAUGCCAAACAGUUGCAGUCAACUUUGCAAACGGCACCGGAGGCUACCGUUCCCACUACCAGCGUCGCCAGUCAACGUAUGCCACCGCCGCCAACGAUUACGCCGACUACCAGUGCGUCGACGACUAGUGUUAACGCCCGUAAUAAGACUCAUCUGAUCGCACAAACCGGUGGCCAACUGUUUAUUACUGCCAGAGGUGUGGCGCAGAUUACCGGUGCCGGUGGUCAGCAACAGAUAAUGUCGCCCACGGCUGCGCAUAACAGCGCUCAUCAUCACCACCAGUCUCACCAUCAGCCCCAUCAUCAACAACAACAGCAACACCAUCAGCAGCAACAACAACACCAUCAACAACAACAACAACAACAACAACAGCAUCAACACCAGCACCAACAGUCCCAUCAUCACCAGUCCCAUCACCAGCAACACCACCAUCAACAGCAUCCACACAAUCAGCACCAACAGCCGGUUCAGUUGCGGACUCCCGGACCACCUAUCAGUCCAUCUAUUAGUCCAUUAGCGCAAUAUCCGACCGAUUUAUCACAACAAAGAUCUGUGAGCCAGAUGUCGAGCGCACCGGUAGUAUCGCAGAUGUCCGCACAGGCCAUCAAUCCAUGGCUUUUGAAUAGUUUUAUUAAUCGACAAAACAUUUGA